UUGCCUGGGGGAGGGGACCCAAGAGAGGGGCGGGGUCUGGUUCUGUAAGUGUUCACGGUAAAUCUGGAUUCCAUAGUCAACCAGUCAUUAAAACCCAAACGAAGCAAAACAGAACUUUGAGCGUGCCUCUGAGACCGCAUGCUUCAGCACUUAGACCGGUGCUGAAUUUGGCCACCUCGCUUAGACUUCGCAGACGCCGUUUGUCUCAAGAGUCACAGGCAACAGGUGACGUGUUCUUAGGCUUUGUUUGGAGAUGGCAGCUCCCCAGUUUGCCCGCAGUGCCCUCAUGUUUGCGCUACUCACGUGUUCUGUGACUAGUUACUUCAAUGGAAGAGUGAGAAAGUACUGCGGUGGGAUGAUUCCCCAGCAUGGCCACAGCCCUCAGACUCAGCCUAUCCACCAAAUCACAGCGAGUCAGGUGAAGUUCCAACCUGGAGACCAGAUCCAAGUUACUCUAUCAGGACCACCGUUUAAAGGCUUUCUCUUAGAAGCCCGUGAUGCUGAGGAUCUGAGUGGCCCUCCUGUUGGCUCCUUCACACUGAUUGACAGUGAAGUGUCACAGCUUCUAACUUGUGAAGACGUACAGGGUUUGGCCGUGAGUCAUACAACUUCAUCCAAGAAGACAGAAAUUAAAGUCUACUGGAAUGCUCCUAGCAGUGCCCCGAAUCACAUACGAUUUUUAGCCACAGUUGUUCAGAAGUAUAAAAUCUAUUGGGUGAGGAUUCCUAGUCACGUAAUUUCCCAACCAAAUGCUCCUCCCUUUACAACGCCUAAAGCCACAACACAACCUUUGACGACGUCAUCUUCUGCCUCGCACUUAACCAAGCCAUUCAGUGCCUCCGAGUGUGGGAGAAAGAAGUUCUGUGUUCGGAGUCCUUUGACCUGUGACCCAGAGAAGGAGCCUGCCUGUGUCUUUUUGUCCUUCACCAGAGAUGACCAGUCGGUGAUGGUUGAAAUGAGCGGUCCCAGUGAAGGCUACAUUUCGUUUGCAUUUUCUCACGACCGGUGGAUGGGUGAUGAUGACGCUUACUUGUGCAUUCGUGAAGACCAGACAGUGUAUAUACAGCCUUCCCGCUUGACAGGGCGAAGCCACCCUGUGAUGGACUCCAGGGGGACUCUUGAGAAUAUGGCCUGGCGGCUGGCGGAUGGCGUCAUGCAGUGCUCAUUCAGAAGAAACAUCACCCUUCCUGGGGUGAAGGACAGAUUUGUGCUAAACGAAAGCUACUACAUAUUCCUAGCAGAAGGUGCAGCUCACAAUGGCCGAAUUUUUAGGCACUCCCGGCAACCUUUGAUAACAUAUGAAAAAUAUGAUGUGACAGGCGUUUCAAAGAAUGUAGGAGGAUCCCACUCCUUACCCCUUUUGAAGGCUCAUGGUGCCUUGAUGUUUGUGGCGUGGAUGACCACAGUUAGCAUAGGAGUGCUCGUUGCCCGGUUCUUCAGAUCUGUUUGGUCGAAAGCUUUCUUCCUUGGUGAAGCGGCUUGGUUUCAGGUGCAUCGGCUGCUCAUGCUUGCUACAUCUGUGCUCACCUGCAUUGCGAUUGUUAUGCCUUUUGUGUACAGAGGGGGCUGGAGUCAGCGUGCAGGCUACCACGCAUACCUCGGCUGUACAGUGAUGACCUUAGCUGUCCUUCAGCCUCUGCUGGCCACCUUCAGACCACCUUUACACGACCCAAGGAGGCAAGUGUUUAACUGGACUCACUGGAGUGUGGGCACAGCGGCUAGGAUAAUAGCAGUGGCAGCAAUGUUCCUAGGAAUGGAUUUACCAGGACUGAAACUUCCCGGUCCACAGAAGACCUAUGUGAUGAUGGGGUUUGUGGUCUGGCACAUCGCCACCGAGGUGGUUCUGGAGAUACACGCUUACCGGCUCUCCCGAAAAGUUGAAAUACUGGAUGACGACAGAAUUCAGAUCCUUCAGUCGCUGACAGUCGCGGAAGCAGAGGGCCAUGUCUUUAAGAAGGUGGUGCUGGCGGUUUACGUGUGUGGGAACGUGACCUUCCUCGUGGUAUUCCUCUCUGCCAUCAACCACGUAUGAGCACGCUGAGACUUUAUCUAUUUAUUUAUUUUUUUGUGGGCCUGGGUCACGGUCACCGCCAGAACAGGAAGGGAGACCUGAAGCUGGUCCUGAGUGGCCGCAGCGUGUUUUAAUCAGGAAGACCCGUGGACGUCACUCUGGAGGAAUUCUCAAGUCUGCCUUUUCCAGCUCCCGCUCAGUCAAGCCUUGACCGGACCCCUGUACCCGAGGUGACAUGGCUCUCAACAUCUGGAUUUAAAACAGUGAAUGAAACAAAGGAAGAUAAUUAUCUCAGGCAAAGGAUAGAUGGAGACUGCAUCUUUGGGAAUGAGACAGGUUCUGUGUAGCCCAGGCUGGCCGCCAGCUGGCUGUGUAACCAAGGAUUACCCUGAAGCUCCGAUCCGCUUCCUGGGUGGUGGGAUGACAGGUGUAUGCCACUAUCUGGUUUUAAGGGGACGGUAACUUUCAUGCCAAUGCUGCUGUGGGACUUUAAGGAAUAUGUUUGUGUUGACUAGUUUAUUUAAGACUUCUUAGUUUUUUUUUUAAAGUGUUGUUUUCACACACACACAUAGAUACACACAUACAUAUGCUCACACACACACACACACACACACACACACAAGAAAACCUGGAAAACAACGUGUUUUCCAGUCCAGGAUUUGGGACUUUUUUUUCAUUGUUUGUAUUCCAGUGCUUCUGGUUAAAGGUAGAAGUGUGCUUGAUUUAUUCACUGGACAUUUCGCUAACAUUUAAUUAUAUCAUGGAUAUGAUAUUUCCUCCUUUUAGCAGUGAAAUGCAAGUACGCACCUCCUAAUUAGAGAUCUCAUCUAUUUCUUCAUCCUAGGAGAGCUGAAAGGACGUGUUGUGUCAUUUCGGCUCUGAUGUCAGUUCUUACAGGAGCUUUAAAGAACAAAGCUGUGAACUUCACCUUUGCUAAGACUCACCCUUGUGAGUGCAUCCAGGGUGUCCAACACAAGAGAAGGGUGUUCUCAUCUCUUGUGAGGAUAAAAUAACACGGAUGGCUCCCUCUGGAAGACAUCCCUGGUGCUCUAGUGACAGGAGGUGCUGUUUUCCUUCCCACUCAGUCAUUUUGUCUCAAUGUUUGCUAUGGGGACUUACAGCCAGUGGGUGGCGCUGUAACACCGGAGGACUCAUUUGCUCUGUUUGCAUUAAGUGUUUUUAUUAUGGGGCUAUUUUUCUUACGUUCUACGUAUGGCUCUUGAUUUUUUUUUUUCCUUCUUCUUUUUGGGUUGGGGUAAUAGUUGCAGGAAACUUAAAUUAAUGACUGCUAUUAUUACUUUCUGAUUUAAUAUUUUGUUCUCUUUGAUGAUUUAUAAUGACUUAUUUUCUUUGAUAUUCUUCCAACCAUGUAGCAAAUGAAGAUAAUUUUCUUAGGCAAAGUAAGCAAACAAAAUUGGACAUUAAAAAAAAUAAAACAAUCGUGAGGAUAUAUUUUACUUCUUUGGAUAUUCCUUUGGAUUAUGACAUAAUUUCUGGUUGGCCCCAGAACCCUAUUUUUAUCUAUGAGCAAAUGACCUCAGCUUCAUGUUUUUAUUUCUAAUCAGUAAAUUGGAAACGUUCUAUUUUUCUCUACGUCUUAGUUGGAACUAGCUUAGGGUUCAGGUGGCAAUUCCUUGUGUUUGUGUUCAGCGAACGCCGUGUUACAGUUUAUUCUACCCCUGGGGAAUGUCUUUAUUUCAGAAGAAGGGUUGGCAAUGCAGUUCAGUAGCACGAGGCUUGAGUGGCACGUGUGAGGCCUGGCUCCAUCCUAGCGCAGGGGGAACGACGGGGGAACAGGUUAAAUCUACACGCAAACACGUUCUUUCAGUUUUUCCACUCUAAGCUGCUAAAGGCUAAAGCGUGCCUUAAUAAAUCAUGCUUGAUAUCUGACAAGGAAAAAUUCUUUUCAGGAAAAGGUGGAAUUUGCUUGGGUUCAGUUUCCAGACAGGUGAUCUUCCUGGAUUUCUAAUGCUGAAGCCAGUAUUAUAAUGUGUUCUUGCCAAAGAAAUAUUUUUUAUUAACUCAGAAUUUCAUAUAAUGUAUUUUGAUCAUAUCCGCCUCAGCCUUUCUCAGAUUUCUACUGCUUCCCUACUCACAAACUGCAUUUUUUUUUUUUUUUUUUUUUACUUUUUUGAUAAUUUGUACUGUCUAUACACUCCAGGGUUUUGGGCCAUUCCCUGGGGAGCAAGGUCCAUUUAUCACAAGCCACCCCCCCAAAGAAAACUGACUCCCUCCCAUGAGAAGCCAUCAACUGUCUAUCGGUUCUCAGGUCCAUGGAGCUCGAGGACCCUUCCCACUCGGUGCUAGAAUGUGGUUGCAUCUUGGGCAGGUGUUGUGCAGGCGACCCCCCAGUGGCCGUGAGCUUGGGAGCGGAGCUGUCCUGUCUGCUCCUCAAGAAACCGUUUCCCUCCUUUUCUUUCUCCCCAGCCCCUGGCUCUUACAGUCUUUGUGCCCCUUCCUCUGAGUUGGUCCCUGAGCCCCAGGAAAGGGUGUGAUACAAACGUCCCACUUGGGGCUGAUCACCCCACAGACACUUAUUCUGUGUUUCAGCCAUCUGCGGGUUUCUGCAGAGCAUGUUCUUUUUUAUGGAGUGAUAUUUGCUCUGGUGAGCUCUGGUGCGCUCCUCCGUCGGCUGGUGCGGGGAACUCUGUGCCACUUAAUCGUAGCAUGCCCUUUGUUUCCCUUAGGAACACUACAGUUCCUCUCCCUGUGCUCGGUUUCCAGACAUUACAAAUGCUGCUAUUUGCCCUUCAGGUUUUCUUCUUGUUUCUGUAAUAAACUCUCUGGAUAAAAAGUAUAUUUAUAUAUCUAAAAAGUAUAUAUACAUAUCUAUCUGGAUAAUGAAAUGAUUUUGUGUGUGUGUGUGUGUUUCGUCAUAUUGUCAAAACAGUAAAAUCAUGUUUUCUUAAAGAAGGGAUAGUCUGUAAAAUAGAGAUCAAUAUGUUUUUCACAAAAUAAAAAUAUAGUCUAGAAAGUCA